AUGGCCCUAAAAAUCGAAGGUGAAGCUAAAUUAGACACUGAGCCUUGCGUGGUCGCUUGGGAUAACAAAUUAUUUGUUGGAACAGCAGAUGGAUUUGUAAGAACAUUUGAUGCCAACCUUUCACCCGGCGUGUCAUGGCCUGCGCACGGAGUCCAACUAUUUGCAAUUGCAGCGAUUCAUGGCAAGGUCUAUACGUCUUCUAACGAUGCUGGCAUCAGGGUGUGGUCUGCAGAGGGCGAGAAACAGGCGGAACUUACUACUGCAGAGGAGGACGUCGGCGUGCUGCGUGUAUUUGAUAAAUGUCUUUAUGCUGGAGACGAAAGCGGCAAUGUACUCGUCUAUGAAGACAACGUAGAAAAGGCAAGAUACAAUGUUUUGGAGGAAGUAAAAGACUUAUGGCUUAGUCCACCAUAUAUGUUUACAGUAAGGGAUCUUGAUGUCACUGUCACAGAAAUUAAGCCUGAUGAGUCAAAGACCCGGUUUGUCACGCGUCACACAAUGGAAGGACGCGCGCCGCUGCGCGUUGCGGGCACGCGCCUUGUGGUGAUGGCCCGCGGCGGCAAUAACAUGCGGCUUCACGACGCUUCCGUCGCCACUUCUUUCAAACAACUGCAAGAAAUCAAAGUAAGCGACAUGAUUGUCACUAGUAUGUCAGUUUGUGGUGACUACGUUUGGACCGGUGGUUGGGAUGGGACUAUCCGAAGAUACAAGAUAGCUAUCGACGUUUUGGAACCAGCUGGAGAAGUGGUCCUUGGAAGCUGCAUCAACGGACUAGUGUCUACACCGGAUAGCGCUUAUGCCACUGUAUCUGGUGGUAAAGUUGUCCGUAUCAAAGCGACAUAA